AUGGGCAACAGACUGGAACAUCCACCACCACCACCAAAUGUACCUCGCCAUUUGCCACCAAAAUUGCCUACGUACAAACAAAGCAUGAAACAAGACGCCAACAGAUAUAGAAGGGUACGUCACCAGACCCCAUUUUUUCAGAGGCACGGCACUCGGCGACGUCGCCGCAACUUUGAUGCUGAACAUUUGGACGAACCAGAACACAGUGAAGAUGGCCCGAGGGCUUUAGAUAGACAACCACCCCGCCGAAGACGUGGCCCUUUCGGUGGGAUAUUCGGGAAAAUUGGACAAUUGCCAUACAAACAACAGCAAGGUUACCCAGGGUACCCGAAUCAAGGCUAUCCACCUCAAGGCUACCCACCACAUGGGUACCCCCCACCUCAAGGAUACCCCCCACCACAAGGGUAUCCUCCACCGCAAGGGUACCCUCCACCGCAUGGGUACCCCCCACCACAUGGGUACCCCCCACCACAAGGGUACCCACCACCACAAGGGUACCCCCCACCACAAGGGUACCCUCCACCACAAGGGUACCCUCCACAACAAGGAUACCCUCCACAACAACAACCGCAAGGUGGUACUGGAUGCUGUGCCCCCCUUUUGGGCUGUCUGGCUGCUAUACUUUGCUGCUGCGGUCCGUCCUUGUUGUCAGCUCUAGGUUUAGGGCAUCCUGAAGGAAUGCGAGAAGGAGAAAACAGUGACGUACCUGAUGGUGGGCCUGCGGAGACUCCUGUUCCUAUGGAGACUCAUGUACCUGAAACUAGUGAAGAGGACAGUUAG